AGCAUCUGGUGCCAGCCCCGACGGGGCCCGGAAACACGAGAGCUCCGAGGGAGGGCAGCGGCACCUGCGCGGCCCUCGGACACCCGCUACGGGGAAGUGAAACUGUGUGGGGAACCCCGCGGCUCCACGUGGUGCUCACAACCGAGGCGCUGCCGUUGCCCGUCCGUGGGGUGUGCGGCUCCCGAUGCCUCCGCACCGCGGGGACGGAACGGUCCCGUCGCCGAUGCCGGGAGCUUCUCGGUGCCGGGGCUCUGGCUGGCCCCGGGUGCCGCACCGGGCUCACCGCCUCAUCCCGUCGGACGAUGAGCUCUACCAGCGCACUCGGCUGACGGUGCUGGAGCCGGAGUCCCCCAACAUCAUGUUCAUCGAGGGCUACAGCAGCCGCGGCUUUACCAUCAACGGGGACGUGGUGGUGGGGCCCUGCGCCGUCCUGCCCCGCACCAUCCUGCAGUGGAACGUCGGCUCCUACAGGGACAUCUCGCACGAGAGCCUGUCGCUGUUCCGGCUGCUGGAGCCUCGGAUCGAGAUCCUGGUGCUGGGCACAGGAGACAGGGUAGAGCGGCUCCCUCCUGCCAUGCUGAAGCAGAUGCGGGAGUGCGGGAUCGCCGUGGAGGUGCAGGACACGCCAAAUGCCUGUGCAACCUUCAACUUCCUCACGAGUGAGAAGCGCAUGGUGGCUGCGGGGCUCAUCCCUCCCCGUGGCACCUACAGGGACACAUCAGACUCUGCCUACGCAAUUCUGCCCUCGCCUGCCUGAAGCCCCUGAGCAUCACUGGAGAAAUGCACUGGAGCUGUCGGAGCUGCUGGAGGAGGCUGCACACACGAGGGUGUUGUGGAGUGCAUGGACUUGGCUCUGCCCUAAAUCCCAGUUUCUCGCCCUCCUUGCCCAGCCUGGAGCAUGUUACGAGGUAUGAGCAUUGCUUGCAGCAGAGUGCCUUGGCACUGAGAACCCGCUGCCCCAGGGCAGAGUGGAGGUGCUGGGGCAAGCUGCACACUCAGGCACAUUUGGGGCUCCACAAGGAAAAUACACGUUAAUUGGGUGCACAAA